AUGAAAGAAAGUCUGAAGGGUUUGGAACGAUAUCGAGACUUGGUGUUGCUGAAAAAGGAGAGUCAAGAAUUCAAUGAAAAAGAAGAUAAAGAUCAACAUGAGAAACAUCAUGAUUUCAUAACUGGAGAAAGUUGCUCACAUACUGAAAAGACACAAGAAAGAUCUCAAAAGACAGCAAAUAGAAGUUAUUUCACCUGCCAACAGUGUGGAAAAAGUUUUACUGAGAAAGCAAACCUUAAUGUUCACAUGAGAAUUCACACUGGCAACAAACCUUACACCUGUCAACAGUGUGGAAUAAGUUUCACUCUCAAAGAAAGCCUUAAACUUCACAUGAGAGUUCACACUGGAGAAAAACCUUACACCUGCCAACAGUGUGGAAAGAGUUUCACUCAAAGAAGAAUCUUUACAGUCCACAUGAGAACUCACACUGGAGAAAAGCCUUAUACUUGCUCUCAGUGUGGACAGGGUUUUGCACAUAAAGGCAAUCUUAAUUCCCACAUGAGAACUCACAGUGGAGAGAGCUCCUUCACCUGCCAACAGUGUGGAAAGAAUUUCUUUCAAAAACAAAACCUUGAAGUCCACAUGAAGAUUCACACUGGAGAGAGACAUUUUAUAUGUAAUCAGUGUGGAAAGAGUUUUAUCCGAAAAGACGUCCUUGAAGUCCACAUGAGAGUUCACUCUGGAGAGAAGCCUUACACUUGCACUCAGUGUGGGAAGAGUUUUACCCAUAAAAACACUUUUAAUUACCACAUGAGAAGUCACACAGGAGAGAAGCUGUUCACGUGUGAUCAAUGUGGAAAGAGCUUCACGACAGAACUAAGCCAUAGAUACCAUAUGACCAUUCACACUGGAGAGAAACAGUUCAUAUGUGGUCAGUGUGGAAAAAGUUUUACACGUAAAGUAAGCCUUAAUUACCACAUGAGGACUCAUUCAGGAGACAACUGUUUUAGAUGUCAACAGUGUGGAAAGAGUUUUAGUCAUAAAUGUAACCUCAAAGUUCAUAUGAGAGUUCACACUGGAUAGACUGGGCCAAGUCUGAUUCAAAUCCAAAUCUGAAAUGCCACACAGUGUAACUGAAGGAUAAUAUAAAAAAUGGACAAGCUGAAAUGAAAUAAAGAAUAUUACACUGUUUUCUGAUUCAUCUUAGUGAGAGAAUGUGCUGGUAAUGUUUUUA